AUGUUCAGUGCCUCCUUCACCGCCACCGUGCGCGCGUGUGUGUGUUGUGUGUAAUGCGUUGAUGACACGGACGGCCUUUAGUGUCACAGGUAGCUUUUGUCUCACGGGUCACGCGCGCGUCCAGUUUGGUGUGACAUUCGUGCCGCAGUGUUGGAUUUCGUUGGACUGCUUGGGUGUGUUGUCCCUCUAUGUUAUCAUUUUCCCUCCGGCAGCGAGUAAUUAUUGCACACACGACGGGUGCAAUUUAGAGCAUAGUGCGGCCUUCUGUAUACACAGCCACGAGGACAUAUUAACCUACCGCGCGAAAAAACAAGGCCAGGCCAGAGUGUAUAUGUGUUUGUAUAUGUGUGUGUGAGAGAGUUUUUCCUUUAAUUACCGUGUUGUGAUAAGAACUUGUCCUGACUAGCCCUUUAAAGCAAGCCCACCUUUAUCGUAUGAUCGUUACGCCACAGACUCUAGUGCGUAAAGAUCAUCAACCGGGUGUUGAGCGACACCUACCACCAGGGGAAGGGGUGGGUGUGACGAAGGCCCGAGAAAGAUAGCGAAGGGUCGGUGGAGGGAAGGUGUUGAUGUGGAUUGCCAAAACGGCACCGACCACUCACCGCGACCACAGACGUUUGGUAAGAUCGUGGAUCAUCUCUAGAAGGUCCUUUCAAAUCUUACCCAGCAGUAGAGACGGUAAGCCUCUCCCUCUAGCUACGUGCUAGAAGUGGACGAGUGAGAUAUACGUGAACGAGUGAGUGACAAAAUAGUGAGUGAAUUGAAUACGCGACAACGACGACGACGACGGAAGGGUUACCGAGGAUAACCCGCGCAACGCAUUAGGACCAAACCAGCGAUCCGUGUCCCGACCGGCUGCAGGAUGUUUAAGUACAUACCGAUAUUUAAGGGAUGCAACCGGCAGAUCGAGUACGUCGACAACCGGCACUCGUCGCUGCCGAACGUGCCGGAGGAGAUCUUCCGCUACUCGAACAGCCUGGAGGAGCUGCUGCUCGAUGCGAACCACAUUCGCGAUUUGCCGAAGGGAUUUUUUCGUCUCUAUCGGCUGCGAAAGCUCGGACUGAGCGACAAUGACAUAAUCAAAAUUCCAUCCGACAUACAAAACUUCGUCAAUCUGGUCGAGCUAGAUGUGUCGCGCAAUGAAAUCGGUGACAUACCCGAGGACAUCAAGCAUCUCCGCAGUCUGCAGAUAGCGGACUUCAGCUCGAACCCGAUCUCGCGGCUACCGGCCGGCUUUACCCAGCUGCGGAAUUUGACCGUGCUCGGCCUGAACGACAUGUCGCUCAUUUCGCUACCGCAGGACUUUGGCUGUCUGUCCAAGCUGGUAUCGCUAGAGUUGCGCGAGAACCUGCUGAAAAAUCUACCGGAGUCAAUUAGUCAGCUAACGAAGCUGGAGCGUCUGGAUUUGGGCGACAACGAAAUCGACGAGCUUCCGUCACAUCUCGGCUAUCUGCCGUCGCUGCAAGAGCUCUGGCUCGAUCACAACCAACUUCAGCGAUUGCCGCCAGAGAUCGGGAUGCUCAAGAAGCUCGUCUGUCUGGACGUGUCGGAAAACCGGCUCGAGGAGCUGCCGGAAGAGAUCGGCGGUCUGGAGUGUUUAACCGAUCUGCAUCUGUCCCAGAACUUGCUCGAAACGCUGCCGAACGGUGUUUCGAAGCUGACCAACCUUUCGAUCCUGAAGCUGGACCAAAACCGGCUGCACACGCUGAACGACAGUAUCGGGUGCUGUGUGCACAUGCAGGAACUGAUCCUCACGGAGAACUUCCUCAGCGAGCUACCGUCCACGGUCGGUAAUAUGCUGGUGCUGAACAACCUGAACGUUGACCGUAACUCCCUGGUGGCGGUACCGAGCGAACUCGGCAACUGUCGGCAGCUCGGUGUACUGAGCUUGCGGGAAAACAAACUCACCCGACUACCUUCCGAGCUUGGUAACUGUGGUGAGCUGCACGUGCUGGACGUGUCCGGCAAUCUGCUGCAGCAUCUCCCUUACUCGCUCGUCAAUCUGCAGCUGAAGGCGGUCUGGUUGUCCGAGAACCAGUCGCAACCGGUGCCAACGUUCCAGCCGGACGUAGAUGAGGCGACGAACGAGCAGGUACUGACGUGUUUCCUGCUGCCCCAGCAACGCUACGUACCGUCUAAUCCGAGCCAGCGGGAAGAUACGGACUCGGAGAACUGGGAGGAACGGGAGGCCUCCCGCACACAUUCCGUCAAGUUCACGGAGGACUUUGGCGCGGACCGGGACACACCGUUCGUGCGCCAGAACACGCCCCACCCGAAGGAGCUCAAGAUGAAGGCCCACAAGCUGUUCGCGAAGGAGCGCAAAUCGGACGAUAUGUCCGGCAACUUGGACACACUGUCGGAGGAGUCGGCAUCGCGACCCUCGCUGCUGAACCGUUCCGGGUACGGGGCGACCACGAUGGAAGACAUACAGGGACACUCCAUUCCGCACGACGAGGAGCAAGGUGGUGAAGCGGCGGCGAUCGGUGCGACAAGUUUGGAAGCGGGCGGUGCCGAACAUGCACAGGACGAUGAGGACGAUGGGUACGAGAAGCGGGUCGGGUUCGAGGUGAACGAGGAGGAGGAAGACGAUGCCGAUCGGCAGCAGUACGGUGGUGAGGAUGGCGAUGGCAAGAAGCCAAUCUCCAAACUACACCGCAGAGAUACACCUCAUCAUCUGAAGAACAAGCGGGUCCAUCAUACCAUCACCGAUAAAAACACGAACCUGAUGUUUACCUCGCUGAAGCUGAAGGAAAUGACACCGCCAAAGCUGGACGAACAUCCCGUACUGGAGCAGGUACCGUCGACUGCUGGCAGCAUCGCUGAAGACACACUCGACACGUACACCGCACUGAAGGAGGAGCGUCUGGAGAUACACAUUGAGCGUACGUCCGCCGGGCUCGGGCUAAGUAUUGCCGGUGGGCGCGGUUCGACACCGUUCAAGGGCGAUGACGAGGGUAUCUUCAUCUCGCGCGUCACCGAAAGAGGCCCGGCGGAUCUGGCCGGGUUAAAGGUUGGCGACAAGGUGUUGAAGGUAAACGGAAUCUCUGUCGAGGAUGCGGACCAUUACGAUGCGGUCGAGGUGUUGAAGGCAUGCGGUUCGGUACUGGUACUGUUUAUUUCCCGCGAGGUAACACGCCUGAUCGGACAUCCGGUGUUUGACGAUACCGGUUCGGUCGCACAAAUCAACGUGGUUGAUCAGGACACGUUAAAGACCGGUAGUGGGGCACCGCCGCUGGUCGGUGCACCGCUCGGCGUCCCAACCAUUGUCGGGGACGGUGUCGGUGUCCCGCCGUACAUGGGUGCACUCUCCCCGAACACGGUUGGACUGCCAAACGGUAGUGGUGGUGUUGGUGUUGGUGGUGGCAGUAUGGAUAUACCGAACGGGAACGAAAUUACGCAGAAGAUUAUCCUGCACACGACGCUGAUACGUGACCAGAUCGGACAAGGGCUAGGUUUCAGUAUUGCGGGCGGUAAGGGACAUGCGCCGUUCAAGGACGGUUCCGAGGGUAUCUACAUUUCGCGCCUCACCGAGAACGGGGUGGCACACAAGGAUGGCAAGAUUAUGGUGGGCGAUCGGGUGCUAGCGAUAAACGGUGUCGAUAUUACGAACGCUCAUCACGAUUAUGCAGUGCAGCUGCUUACCGAUCAUCAGCGCUUUGUGCGUCUGGUAGUACAGCGUGAAGUUAAGGGACCGCUAGAACCAUUGCACAGUCCCCGCAGCCCAGUAGUGGGUCCGAAUCGCCCCGGAGCUUAUAUGCCCAAUCGUCUUGCAACCACCUACACCAGCUAUCAACGCACCGGCGAUGACAGUCAGGAACAGCCAGCUGCUGCCCACCCACACCAUCACCACCUUACCGAGUCGGUCAAACCGUCCGGCAGCGAACCGAAGGUGGUGGAUGAACAGCACACGCAAAAGGUAACUGGCGGGGCUAAUGCACUUUCACCUAGCGCCUCAUUUGCACCGCACACGCCAUCUGCCACACUGCUGCAGCAGCAGCAGCAGCAGCAGCAUCAGCAAGGGUUGCCAAUGCAGGUGGAUGCUGCUAAGCAACAGCAGCCUCCCCUGCCCGCACCGCGUACAGUAUUAAUGCAAAACGUUAAUAACAAACACAGCACCGCUAACAACAGUAGCGCUGACGGUGGCCCGAACAGUAACGGCGUGGCGAUGUACAAGCAGCAGCCGGACCAGCCGAUCGAAUCGACGGCAAACACCAACAAUGGUGUGGUGGCGCAUCCCACGUCCACUAGUGACGAUCCGCAGGUUGCAGCGAGGCCCAUGACCAGCGCAGAUUUUCAGGCCAUGAUACCGUCACACUUUAUCAGCGGCGGCCGGCAGGUAACCGUGGACAAGUCCGACCACGGUCCCUCGGUGACGGUGACGGUGCAGAAGGCCGUGCCGGACAUGCCGAUGUUGCCACCGGCACCGACCGAGCUCGGCACCGUCACGGAAACGAUUACCAAGUCAACGUUCACUGAGACGGUAAUGACCAGGGUCACUGACAAUCGCUUAUUGGAACCACUAAUCAGCGAGGAGGUUGUCCUGCCGAAAGAUCAAGGAUCGCUUGGCUUCAGUAUUAUCGGUGGCACUGAUCAUUCCUGCACCCCGUUCGGGGCGCACGAGCCGGGAAUAUUUAUAUCGCACAUCGUAGCCGGUGGUAUUGCUGCCCUGUCCGGUAAGCUGCGCAUGGGCGAUCGCAUCCUGAAGGUGAACGGUACCGAUGUAACGCAGGCAACGCACCAGGAAGCGGUAAUGGAGCUGCUCCGACCGUGCGACGACAUCAAGCUAACCGUACAGCACGAUCCACUUCCGGCGGGUUUUCAGCAUUUUGAAAUAGUUGCAUUGAACACUGAGGAAGUACAUAUUGUCAAGCAAGAUGGCGAACGGCUCGGUAUGCAUAUCAAGGGCGGCCUAAAUGGUCAGCGCGGUAACCCGCUGGAUAACGCCGACGAGGGUGUAUUCAUUUCCAAAAUCAACGCGAACGGUGCGGCCAAGCGCGACGGGCGGCUGCGCGUUGGUAUGCGCAUCCUGGAGGUGAACGGUCUGUCGCUGCUCGGUGCGACGCACCAGGAGGCGGUCGAUGCGUUACGUGCAUCCGGCAACAAGCUCCAUUUGGUCGUGUGCAAGGGUUACGAAAAGUCGGAUCUGCUCCAUCUGGCCGGUAGUGCCGGCGGUAUGAGCACCGGACUUAGCAACAAUGGUGACAAUUCGAGGAUUGGGUCGCGUGCGUCGGAAACGGGUUCGGAGCUUAGCCAGAGUGUGUCCAGCCUCGACCGGGACGAUUCGGUGAUAAUGGCCGAAACGCACCGGAAGCUAAGCGUGGACAAGAUCGACGAGGAAACGUUACCCCCGACGAAACCCACUGCCACCGAAUCGAUCGAGCAGCCUGAACCUACCUCCCAGGCUCUUAUCAGCGUCAAUCCACACGAUCAACAGGUGGCGAUCGGUUCGAAGGAAAAAAGUACCCCAGAGAAGGUACUGGAUAUCGUACGUGCAGCCGAAUCGUUAGCGCUCGGAGGUCAGCUAGUCGAAAAUGGACCCCCGAAAUCACCGACCGAGGUGACGUCCGAACCGCUGCAGAAAACGACCACAAUUGUGAUGUCCAAGCACACCCUCGAUACCCAGACACCUCAGAUCGAACGCCGCUAUGGAAGCGUCCGGUUGUUGUCGCAUGCGAACGAACCUCCCAUCUCCUCAAUUAACUCCUCCACCACUGUAGCGAACCACCCCGCUGUCGAUACUAACUACUGCCAUCCGAAGGGCUUACCGAAGCCGGUACGACCACACCGACCACCACCUCCACCACCACCAUCAACCGCUGCUACUGCAGGCUCCACCACAAUUACCAACACCGAGCACAAGCUAAUCGUCAGCGGGGAUCAACCACCGAUGAGCAAAGCACCUUCACCGCCGGCAAAUGACAAAACCACCCAACCGAAGGAACCCGUCGCGGUAACGCACCGUAAAUCGGUUAGCUUUGAUCUGCACGAAGAUACGCACGGGUUCGAUACGGCGCUGCAUCAUGCUCGGGCCGCAUUUGCCGGUCCAUCGCCGACACCCGAUCUGAAGGGUAUAUUGCGUGCGAGCAGUCCGUCGUCUUCCUCGACGAACCGUAGCAACAGCUCGACACCGGAGGUUGUCCAGCUGCAGCAGCGAGUGACCGAAGCACCGAAGGUGGCCAACCUUGACUCCGAUCCGGACACCGACUCCGACACCGAUUCCGAUACCGACUCCGACACAGACGCAUCCGACGAUGGACGUUCGCUCGAGCUGGGCGAGUCGAAGGUAAUCGAUCGUGCACCGAGUACGCCUGGCCCAGCCGUUGCUGCUGCUGCUGCUGCUGGAGGUAAUCCGAUACGUAGGGCCGAAGUCGUGCGUAAUCAGGCAGCCCGUAAACUACGCGAAGAGUUCGGCCAGGGUGAUCUGGUGGAGUACGAGCACGAUUCGACGACGAACACGAUCCGGGAGGUGGUGGUGAGUGGUGUGACGGGUCAAUUACGACAUACCGAACGGGUGGAAGUACUUCCGGCCAAGUACGAAACGUUACCGACCAAGCGGACGGCACAGUUCGUGCACGAGAACACGCCAAACAAUCUGCUCGUACCGGACGAGGUUCAUCGACAGGUGCUGUUGGAAGAGAACGAGGUACGCAACAAGCUGCUGGCACAAUACGCACACGAACAGCAGCACCAACAACACCAACAGCACCACCAUCACCAUCAGCAGGUUUACACCGUACACCAUCAUCAUCCGGGUGAGCUAAUUGGGCGUGUGCCGUCGCCGUAUAUGUACGAUACCGGGUCCGCGUCCGUAUCACCAUUACCGGCUGCGUCACAGUAUAUCCCGGGCCAUACUAGCCCGUACGAACAUCACCACCAUCUUACCAGGCUCGGCAGUGUAACGUCACCACCACCGCCUCCACCCGACGUCGGGUAUCAUCUGCCGCAGAUCUACCCACCGGUGCAGAUUCUUCCGGUCCACUACACCAAACUACCCACACCGCAGCACACCAUCUAUACGUACGCGUCCGGCACGGUACCGGUCAGCCAUGCGCCGAUCGUAUCGCCGGCAGCGGGCAGCCAACUAUCCUACACUACCACACCCCACCACCUACCGUACAGUGGCAUCCGGAUGGGGGGAACCACCACCGCAACGUACGUGUCUUCCGCACAUCAACCGUCCCCCGCCCACGUACUGAUGCCGUCACCACCGCUAGGACCGAAGACACCGAAAAGUGUUUCCGACAAGAAGCGAUUCUUCGAGAACGCGAUGGAAGAUCAGCAGAAACCGACACCGAAAUCAGACAAAGUCUUCUCCUUUCUAUCGCAAGAUGAGGUAGAAAAGCUGAGACAGGAAGAGGAGCGCAAAAUUGCAUCGCUCGGCAAGGACCGGGUGCACCAACGAUUCGGUGAAGAGGAUGAAGAGGAGGACGAGGAAGAAGCGGAUGACGACGAGAUACGGUCGGACAGGGGUGAGAGUGAACAGCCGGCGACCGGUGACAAGUCGGACAUUAACGACAAUAACAUGAGAGAGGAUCCGACGAGUCGUGACACUACUAGCGACGAGCAGAAGAUGGCCGCUUCCCUGCUGAUGACAUCAUCGCCGCUGACGAAAACACCCAUGAGCCGCAUUCCGAUACGUACCGCAAAUGCGGAGAAGCGUGCUCGUGCUAGCAACUGUCUACCGCCGGAGUACGACGAGUCCAAGCUCAGCCCGUCCGAGAUCCGUGCCUUACGGGCUCAAAAGCGAGCCGCAUGGCGACAGGCGCGUCUUAAAUCGCUCGAAAACGAUGCUCUGCAGGCGCUGAUUAUGAUACAAACGAUGAGUGCUGCCGGUCUGCUGGACGAAUCGGCGAUGAAUACCAGCGGCGGUAGUGGCCCGACCGAAAGUGUCGAUGGUGGUUCGCCCCAGGCCGCAGCGGUUGGAUUGACCGCAGGCAGUAAUUCCAACGCAUCAUCGCCACCACCUCCAUCACAGUCCCCAUUACCGUCCGACACAGCACCGUCUCCGGUGAACGUCAGCAAUAACGAGGAGCUAGAGGAUGUACGUCAGGAUGCAGGUGGACGGAGAAGCGUGAGUGAGGACGAAGGCACCGAUCGGUUACAACCACGAUUUCCACGCCUAGCGGUAAAAUCACGUCCCGGCAGCGAAAUCGUCGUGCGCGAAACGGAAAAGGUCGUGGAGGAGAAGGUGACCCGGCGGACGGAGGAAGCACCGGGCGGUGGCGUCCGGACGGUUGAGUACAUUGAGAAGGUCAUCGAAACUGAGGUGGAAACGAUGCGCGAAAAGAUCAUUAUGUUCGAGCUGGAAGAUUCCUCGUCCGGUGACAGUGAGCGUGACAAUGGUAAGCCGGAUGUAAGCAACGGUAUCACCGAAACGGACGGACACCGACCAUGGACGGAAGGUGGCAGUGAGUCGUCGGACCGGCAAGUGGACGCGGAACCGGAACCGAUGCAGCUGCAGACGAUUGUGGAAGUGAUCAACCCGAUGCUGACCGGUGACGGUCAACCGAACGAUAUUGCGAUCGGACGCUACAACGACGACGUCCGGGAGGAAGAUUCGCUUGUAACCGCCCCGACCACGACUACUGCAUCGCUUGAGUACGGUGGUCGGUACACGUACGAGCACGGUAAAUAUGAGUCAAUCAACGACAAGAUGAAGCACGUACUGCGCGAGCUGAAACAGAACGAGAAGGUGCGACAGAACCUUUCCAAAAGCCUUACGGAAGAGGAAAUUCUCGCACUGCAAGCGGAAGAAGCGGAGGAGGAUGAGCAGGAGGAGGAGGAGGAAGAGGAGGAGGAAGAAAUUGUGCCGGAACCGUACGAGGAGAAAACGGGCGCCAUCGGCACGGUGUUUAUGGUGCGCGAGCGACUGAUCAACGAUUUCUACACCCACCAGAGCGAACUCGCUCAGGAGCAGCAGCAGCAGCAGCAGCAACAACGAAAGUACCAGCACCAGCUGCUCGAUGACAACGGAUCGGCCGCCUACCGUGAUUGCGAGGUCAUCACAAAUCCGAACGCGGACCGGUUUUCGCCCGCGUUCGAUCAUCAGCAUUCCUCCGGACCGGGCCAGCUUUACCAUCAGACGCUACACUCGGAAAAGCUGCGUGCCGUGUUUGUCGCCAGCGACGAGGACGACGAGGAUGAGAAGGAUGAUGAGGAGGAUACGGAAGAUCAGCGGAAUGGCAAUGCUACGACGUCGAUCGGUACCGGUGAAACCGUCGUACAGGGUCGUGGUGAGGAGGAGGAUGAUGACGAGGAUGGGGAAGAUGACUCGCACCCGAACCGUACGGCAGGUGGUGGUGGUGUUGGUGAGACAAAUAAUGGCACCACCAACCACCCCACCAAUACCGUUCCAUCGUCGGCAACGUCGAACCUUACGACUGGCGGCGCUAGCAACAAUAAGCGUAAAAAGCGAAAGGGCAAAAAGAAAAAGUAAUUGGUUUGGGGGGGGGGGGGAGGAGAAGACGUUUUUCGUUUCGCAAGACACAGGUCUGUGUUCUUCCAUGGGUGUGCGGUACCGGUCCAAGUGUAGCGCGCCUUCGUAGCUAAAUGUAAACGAUUUUAAACUGAAAAAAAGUAUGAUGAAAAGAAGGGCAGUAAGUUUUAGGAUUUAUUUUAACACCAGCCAAGAAACGAUAUAGUGGCGAUAAUUAAACACCUCUUUUUGUGUAGUGUAUGCGUAUGUGUGCGUGUGUGUUUUAUCACACAAAAGUCAGACACGGGCCGAUUAAGGUAGAGCGUAACACACAAAACAGAAAUAAUACAGGGGUUUUCAGUUGAUAAUGUAAAGGCAUCGAUCUGUUUUUCCUGGUUCCUUCGAUGAAAUGGUAAACAAAGCUAGUAGGCAUGGAAGUGGAAUCAGAUGACCGGCAAAUCAAUUAUCAUUUAGUAUAAAGUUACCAGAUGAUAUAACAAUCGAAGCCGAUGAUACUGUACACGACCUGUCAGCGCUCGUGUAGGUGCGUAACUUACAGCUAUAAACACGGGAUGUGAAAUUGAGCUGAAAACGCCUUGCAGAAAAUCGGUGGUGUACGAAUUGUAAGUUUACGUAAGAAACCAAUUUUAGGAUAUUCACUAAUUAAGUAAGUACUUGUUUGGUACUUGUUUUUCACUUUCCCUACACAAUGAGCUUCAAAACCAGACCUUGAAGCUCAAGGUUACAUACUUACCCUGGCGCAGAUAUCAUAGGCUUCGAUUGUAAUAUCAUCUGGUACCUUCACAGUAAAAGGGAAUUGAUCCGCCUGUCAUCUGAAUCCGUUCCCAAGUCAACUAGCGUUUGUUUACCAUGUCAUCUAAGGAGCCAUGAUCGUUGCUUGUACAUUUUCAACUGAAAGCCCCCUGCAUGAGCAGCUAGAUGUGCGCAGCUUUUCUUGGAUAGAUUUAUAUUAUUAUUUUUUUCCAAUUCAUUCUCUUAAUAAUUAUUUUUUCCGAUUUAUUACAAAUAAUUCUCAUAUUUUCUCUUUUGUCACGCCCUAGGGGAGGGAUCACUACUAGCAAUUAAAUGAACCCCCAAAAACGGGGACAAAGCCCCCUCUCCCACGCAACACGGGGCUGGAUUCGAUUAAUUUAUACGAAAAAUGAAGCACCCAGCUAUUUUACACCCAUACGUCCCACCCCACACACAGGAUUAACGGUAGAGAUAUGUGUGUUGGUUUUUUUACUUCGUUUUAUUAUCAGGUUGCAAUAAUUAUCAUCUAAUGAAUUCAUUUCUUUUUUCUUAAAACGUUUUUUUUCACCUUUUUAUAAUAAUGAAGUGUUUAUCUCCUUAGUAUUUAUCGCGCAGAUUUUGAUGCAUUUUUGUUUUUUUUUUUUUUUUAUUGAAGCACACACUUAAGUUUUAUCUUCUACUUCGUUCUUCUUACUUAAGUAACUUGAAAAUUUCCUUAUCCGAUGCUUCAUUAUUUUUUUAGAUAUUGCUUUACACAAGGAUUAUUAUAUUUAGAGUAGUUAAACGGACAGUGAGAGAGAGAAAGAGACCAUAUAUAAGCGGCUGGGAGAUGUAUAUGUGUAGUAUGGGGAGACGAGGUGGAGAUAGUGGGUGAGGGAGGAUAGUGUGAAGAGAAGCUUACAGUGUGAUUGAAUGUAUGUGUGUAUGUUCUUGUAUGGCUGAGUGUGUGUGUUCGGGUACGUCGAAAACAAAAAGGAAUGCUCAAGGAUGACACCAUCAUUUACACUACUACACAGACACAUGCAACCAUGCGCCACCAUUCCUUUCUGGGCGUGUAUGUAUGUAUGCAUUUUUGAGCAUCCUUUUUAACGGACAUUUAAUGUGUAACGUCUUCUCUUCACCUUCACUCAAUGUGAAACAAACUGCCUCCUCCCUUUGUUCCUCCCUCCCCCCCCCCCUCUCCACCAAAAGAUAAACUCCUCUCAAAGCCUCCCCUCUUCCAUGGAUUUUUCCCCCUUCCCACUCCCGUUCGGGUCCGCUGUACUAUAUGUUGUCCUUUCCGGUAUGGCAAUAUGUGUAAACCAAGCGAAAUAAAACUAUUUAACUCAAACAAAUACAAUAUCUAACGAA